AUGGAUAAUACCACUCCAACUCCACCCAAAUCGAACGAUCCGAAGCCCCGAAUUUCGCUUUCUGAGAGACUUGGAAGCCUUAUCCCAGACUCACGUAUUGACGGCCUCCCUAAUAACUCAGACCAGCCACGAGAGAAUAGUGCUAAGCAGAACUCUCAUGAUGCCAAACUAGCAAUCGACACUACUAGGCUUGAAAGGACACUUCCCGCUCAUGUGACCACACCUGCUACAGGUUCACCCAAUCACACUCCAGCAACCACUACAACGACCAAGAGCAGACUAUCGCCCAACGAAGCAGCCAAUCAAACGGGCCGAGUACAAAUCACCUACGCACCAUCCAUCGAAUCUCUCCAGGACGCGCUUUCCGACGACCUUACCUCUUCAGUACACCAUAAAUCAUCUUCAGCUUCACCGACUUCAUCUGCCAUGCCACCCACGUUUUUAUCAUCAAGAACACCUCGGUUUCUUGAUAGCCUCGCACGAAAUACUAUGCCAACUGCCUCUUUGUCAGUACCACCAAAAGCGUAUUUGCACACUCCAAUUCCAUCUCCCUUCCGCGAUACAGCACGAGCCACUGCACAAACCGAGGCGCUACUAAACCCGCCUGUUGCAGCUUCACAAAGCAAUCUUGCAUCAAAACGCUCUGAGAGCCCUCUGAAGGCACCGACGUUUUUAGGGCCUACCAGGUCAUCAAUUGAUUCUCUUCGAGGUACCUUACAGCGAUCAGACUCUAUGCAUACUAGUGCGUCUCAAAAUAAGGGGUUUGCUAGUUGGUGGUUCGGAGACAACAAGAAGGAUGUCGAUAAGCUGCUAGAUGAGUCCGAUCGUGCCGAAACAGCUGAACAAGAACGAGAUGGGUUCCGUAGUAAAUACCUUACCCCACACAAUCCAAUCGUUUUUUGCCACGGCCUUUUUGGAUUUGACACGAUUACUCUGGGCCCGUCCUUCGCUCCUCUCUCCAUACCUCAUUGGCGCGGAAUAUCUGAGGUCCUUGCUGCUGCUGGGGCUGACGUUCUCGUCACUCGUGUGCCGGCUACUUCAGCGGUUCCGAACGCGCAGCUGUUCUUCGUAAGAAGAUAUCCGAAGUCUAUCCCGGUCGAGACAUCCACCUCAUUGGACAUAGUAUGGGCGGGCUUGACUGCCGGCGGAGAAUACCGGCGCGAGGGAGGUCCUGAACGAAUGGCCGACGAGGCAGAUAAAGCCGCGCUGGCCGCCGAGCUGAAACGCAAAGGUUUGCCUCCCUUCCGAGUACUAAGUGUCACAACGAUCGCGACCCCUCACCGUGGCUCUGCCUUUGCCGAUUACUUCUUAUCGACAUUGGGUCGUCAAAACAUCCCUGGGUUUGUCUCUUUGAUGGAGAAACUUCCAAUUGGCGGUGGAGAUGGCAAGGCAUUUGAAUCGUUAACGCUUGACAGUAUGCGCAAGUUCAACGAAGAGACACCUGAUGAUCCGAACGUACAUUACUUUAGCUGGGGUUCCAAAUUUGAACCUGGAGUAUUUGAUGCUUAG